CGUUCAGGACCACAUGUGCAAGGAAACGUGCUUCAACAAUUGAAGUCCAUAGAAUCAAAAGAUUUACCGCCGUAUAACCAUUUAAAUGCUAUGCAUUUUAGAAGUAACCAGAACUUACAAUAUGGCUGAUACAAGCAAGCAAUUGGAGAGACUGGUUAGUGAGUUAUCCAUUUUAGACGACGCCGGGGACUGUGUUGGAUUAACUGGAAGCGUAUCAGUUGCUAGAUAUCUGAACAGGAUCUUGACGUUAAAAUAUUCGAAAAUCCACGAAUUUAACUCUGCUCUUAAUAAACUGAAACGAUUACUGCGUGAAUUUGAAGGUGACUUAGACUGUGAUAAGCAACUCUGCUCGGAUUUCAUAAAUUACAUUUGUGAACAAUAUUUGCGUCACGAAUCGUUUGAACACGAAGUUUACGAAUUUGAUUCGUCAGAUUUUGAAGGACUACCAGAAUGUGCAGCAUUUGUUCUAGAUGUGUGUAGUCUGAUUAUUGAGCGAUUAAGAGAACAUAGAAAGGACAAUGUUACUAAGAGUGUAAUGAAACAUUGCAGACAUACAGUAGUAUCUGUGUGUGCAGCCAACUCUCAGCCUUUACCAUGGACAAAUGAUAUUAGUAUAGAUCUCGCAGGAAAAACACUGGAAUACCUGUGUGCUAUUUAUGAAUGCAGCAAUACCACACAGUUGUUGCUAGGUGCAUCAGAAUCUCAACAAACUGUGGUGAGGCAGGUACUUGGUCUUUUACAACCAAAGAUGAUGCGCAACUCCUGGAAGAACAAUCCUAUUUCUCAGCACAUUUUACAGUGGUCUCUUAUGCAGAUUAAGUUCCCUCAUUUGUCUGACUACUUGAAUGUUGUGAUCCCACCAGCUUUACUGUUCACAGAUGACUAUGUGCCAAGGAAUAAAGUACUUGGGAUUCAGUGUCUGCGUCACAUUAUUUGUAACACCACUAAAACUAGUCUAAGAUUGCAUUCAAGAGCAGAGGUGAUAUAUGAGGCAUUAUACCAUCAGCUUUAUACUCAUGAUGUUGAAGUGAUUGAAGCUUUACAUCCAACUCUGCUCCAAAUAUUGGAGAUUGUAGAAGUUUCUCCUAAGCAGGUGGAUGCUGAAAGAGCCCUGGGUAAAUAUGAUUGUGUUUUACAGCACAUACUUAGAGAUAUGCUAGUAGAAGUCAAGAUUGUCAUUAGAAGAGCUCUUUCAAGUCACUUGCCAGCAUACCUGCAAGCCAUGGGAAUAACAAUUGUCCGUCACUUAAAGCAGUUGUUAAAUGUCAUCCACAGCUAUUUAGAUGCAUAUGAUGGUCCAGCAGAGACUGCCCGGAUUAACAUUCUCAUCAUCCUCCAGGUCACAAUAACUGAAGCAUGGCCAAGAAUAUUGUAUCAUUGUGAUGACAUUCUCAAGAAACUGUUGACAUUCAUUUAUGAUGUGUCUGUCGACAAAACAUUGACUCCACAAAAUGUUAAAACAUGUCUUCUGGAGGAAGCAGUGACAUGUUUGAGGCUGUUGAAACAAGCAUGCAAAGGCAGAGUUGAAGAGUUACUACAGUGUUUUAAAAAUGAUAACGUGAACGAAAUCUGUUGGGACUGUAUCAGAAGAGUGUUACAAGAAUAGUAUUCUAGCUAUCAUUUUGAGCAUAAACUGCUUUUUAAAUUAAAUAAAAUGCCUCGUUUGUAGUUAGAAUUUUACCCGUUUCAUCUGUAUUUAUCUGUAUCAGAUAAGAAUAUCUGCAGACAAAUACAAAAAAGACAAAAAUUUAAAGUUAGCGCUUCUUUGGAAUCUUUAAAAAAUACUCUGUUAAGUUUUGGUUUAUUUACAAGAAGUUUUACAAUUUAUUGUGUUUAAACACUACUCCAUCUUUUUACGUGUAGCGGCGAUUGUCCCGUGAUUGUGGGAGAAGCGGUCAUUCUUCAGAUAUUCAAAGUUGAUUACCGAUCACAUGUAGAUGCUGCAACUUUUGUUUUUGUCUUGAAUUUGCAAUUUCUCUAUUUUUGAAUUUGCAACCAUUUGUAGCUUUGAUUGAUGUUCAACGAUAAUGUAAAAUAUUUAUCAAACCAUAUAGUGGAGCCAGAUUGGACUUAACGCGUUUUUUCAACCUUUUUUCUCUGUUAACUACGCAUUCCCCACUUUAAACUGAUAUUUGGAUUUUAUUUUACACUGACAAUUUCUACACCUUAAGCGGACUUCUUUCUGCGAUUUAUGGUACAAUAAUGCGGAUAAUGAGGAACAUUUAAUAUCUCUAUAAGUUUUCUGCAGAUCCUCCCGACUGUUAUAAUGGUUAGAUAGGAGGCUUUUUCAAAACUCCCCCUUUCAUCCAGAGCUAAUGAUAACGUAUUAUAAUAGUGAACAAGCAGACAGAAUAACCUUUUCGUGCGUAAUAAACGUAGAAAUGCGCAUUUACGUAUCACUCUGUUUAUGCAAAACAACUUGAUGUAUUUGUAGUUUUUUUCACAUUGGUGAUAAAUGUAAUUUUAUUACAGUGAUAACA